UCUGCCUGGUUUCGGGUUAGUCGGCUCACAUUUAGAACCCUCGACACAGAAGAGACUGCAACGCUAGUGUGCACCUGAUAGCAAAACCAAUCGAUGCUUGUAUCGAUCCGCCCAGCCUGAGUUGAAGCAGCAAUGAGUUCAGUUCAGUAUCUGAGAGAGUUCAUCAAGGAGAGACUAACUGCUGUUUGUGAAGAAAUCUUCUCAGAGGUUCAAAAAACCAUCGUCCAGUAUGAGGAGGAGAUCAACCGUCAGCACAGACUGCUGGAUAUCAGCCGGAAACCCGACAGAAACUCACACAUCAUAGACCUCCCACAUCAUCAUGACUGUGAGGAAGAGGAGGGUCUGAAUGAGCAGCAGGUCUGUAACCAGGAGAGGAACUCCAGUCUGGACCAGGAGGACCCAGAGCCUCCACAGAUUAAAGAGGAACAGGAGGAGCUCUGCAGCAGUCAGGAGGGAGAGCAGUUUGGACUGAAGCAGGAGGCUGAAGGCAUUAUUGUCUGGACUGAUGAAGAGCAGCUCAGACUGAUGGAGAAUAUCUGCAAACCUGUGUUAAAGUUACACAGAAUAGACUUCCUACAGGAGGAUGUCUGUGAGGAGGAGGUUCUUGCAGACCAGCAAGUCUGUACCCAAGAGAGAAACUCCAGCCUGGACGAGGAGGACCCAGAGCCUCCACAGAUUAAGGAGGAACAUUGCAGCAGUCAGGAGGAAGAGCAGCUUGGACUGAAGCAGGAGGCUGAUACCUUCGUGGUGACUCAAUCUUAUGAGGAAAGUGCCCACAGUGAGCCAGAACCAAACAGUGAGCAGCUCCUUUCUCAUAGCUCUCCUGAAGCAGAGAGCCGAGAUCAUGAAGAAAGCCAGCAUGUGGACUUAGGAUCAACUAGAAAUGAAGAGCUGAAGAAAAGGAGACGUUACAGAAAGAGACGUCACAGUAAAAGAGUAGGCAAAGAGAGUCAAAGUAAAACUGAAAGGAAAAUGCCCCUAAAAUGUGAAACCUGUGGAAAAACUUUCGAGUUUAUAUCCUGCCUCGCUGAACAUUUAGAAAUUCAUGCAAGUGAGAAAAUGUAUUCUUGUAGCACGUGUGGGAAAAAAUUUGAUCAGAAAUCUGCAUUGGAUCGUCAUUUAACAAGUUAUCUAGGUCAAAAGAUGUAUUCUUGUAGCAUCUGUGGAAAAAAAAUGCACUCUAAAGCCUACAUGCCUACACAUAUGAGACUUCACACGGGUGAGAAACCGUAUUCUUGUAGUAUCUGUGGGAAACGAUUCAAUCAGAAAACAGCAUUGAAAACUCACAUAAGACGUCACACAGGGGAGAAGAGGUAUUCUUGUAGCACCUGUGGGAAAGGUUUUAUUUUGAAAGCAGCACUGGAGCGUCAUAUAAGAUGUCACACAGGUGAGAAGCCGUAUGUUUGUAUGAACUGUGAGAAACGAUUUGCAGAUAAAACAGCACUGGACCGUCACUCAGUAAUUCACACAGGUGAGAAACCAUAUUGCUGUAACAGCUGUGGAAAAAAGUUCAAUCAGAGCGCAAACUUAAAGAAGCACAUGAUGAGAAUUCAUACUGGUUAAAGUUUCAUGCUUAGAAAAUGUGGGACGGCUGUGACUUGCCCCCUAUUUUUUUCUUUUUUUUCAAAAUUGUCAGCACUGUGUUCUUCUGUUCAUUGGAUUAAAAUGAAGGCUCCGAUAUCA